GCCAUAGACUGCAGACAAUGGACUUCAUCAACUCGCACGGGGCCUUCAAAGGCCUGCACAUUGACUUUGCAGACUACAUUCCUGCAAAGUUCGAGCGUCUUGGAGAUUCCUCAGUUGGGCGAGCGCCAAGGAAGGUAAUCCUCACUUUCUUGCAAGAUGUAGACGCCCGUGACCGUGUCGAGAUCCGACCGGAAUUUCUUCCUCCCGACACACCAAUGUUUACCAAGCCUCACGGCUACAACGAGUUGGAGUUUCGAGUAUACAACACCGAACUACGAAUGGAGUUCUAUCUCUGGCUAGUGCGGAAGUUCUGCCGUCCAGGGGGGUCCAUUUUUUCACUAUGGGGGGGAGGCAAGAUCACUUGCACGACAAUGAUGAGUUCCGUGGAUGUCUUUGCGGUCGGAGGGACCGGAGAGUCGGAUCGGUGGGAAGAGAUCUCUAGGAAAGCACUCACUCUUGACAAAGAUGACUUCCUUCCCAGUGGAUACAAGGUGAGUGCGAUAUACAAGUCUAUGGCUACCACGCCCACACGGUCAAGAGUUGGAGCACGGCUCAGUGACCGCUUCGAUUCUUCUCCAUCAAAGAAGCGGAGGAUAACACCAGUUGACGACGUUCUCGUUAUAUCAGAUGAAGACGACGACAAAGGGGACGACUACGACUAUGACCCGGACGAGGAGAAGGAAGUCAACGAGAAGGUCAAAAUCGACGACGACGACCUUCAAGAGUUGGAUCCCAUUCAGUCCAAUGCCAUACUACCUGAGCGGCGAUCUCGGGUUAUUCCCCAGUCAGCACAAGCAUCUGAUAAUCCACCUUCCGGUGGAACUCCUGGUGUGUCAUCUUCUGGGGGGCGGAGGAGGAAGAGGAAGGACAUGGACUCUGUGGCUACCGUCAUGGAGUCCAUUUCGGCGAUUCUGGCAGACAGCCAGCGGAGGCACGAGCAGCAGAUUGCAGAAAUCAAUGCUCGAUAAGAUCGUGAUCGUGCCAAGAGCAUGAGAUUGUUCGAGGAGUCCCGGAGGAUGCACGAAGACACAUCCCGCAUGAUGCUGCAGCAGCAGCAGCAGACAAAUCUUCUCCUCUCUGCAUUCGUGAGGCUUAAUUUCCAACUGCCAGACGUCCUUCCCGCCCCUCCUUCCCAGCCUCCGUCGCUGAUGCUUGGGAAUGCACCAUCUCGAUCUGUCAUGAGCUGAUCCAGUAGUGGACAUGCGGAAGCCGCCAAUCUUCCGCAUUCAAGUGCUGUCAAUGUCUCGGGCGAAGUGGCUCCUACUACAUCUCAACAACACAGUCCGACGUCUCCGGCAAUCAAUUUUUCAAUCGGUGAAGUUUCCAGAGUGGAGGUAGCGUCAGUAGAACCACAUUCCAUGGAGUGCCCCACAAAUCUAGAGGACGAUACUCUAGAGAUAGCGGUUGGCAGUGAUCAAUUAGCCUUUCGGGAUCCAGAUGCAGGUUUUGACACAUAAUCACUCGCUGUCAAUUUUUUUUAGCUCGACUCGAGGUGAUUUGUGUUAUUGGCUAGUGCGUCUAGAGUAU